CAAUCCCACAAAGUAAAAUUGUUAAUAAAUGAUUCUUUUAGCUAAAAAUUAAUGUUCAGAUCAGUAAAUAUAUGCCUGAGAGAAGCCCCACGCGCAAGCAGCAACUAGAGGAAAUGAAUUAUUUUAUCCUUCGAGAUUGAAAUACUUGCAUCUGCCCCCUACAAUUCUAUGGGGGUAGGGCAUUCCGAACUAAUCACGAUAAGAGCCGGGUGGAAAACUAUAGCUCCUGGUUUUGAUCUUAAGGUUUAAGAGUAAAAAAUGGGAGAGCAAGAACAACAUGCAUUCCCAUGGCUGAACACGCUAGUUACAGAGCCAUUCUAUGCAUUUCACGCUCUCACCUUCUUUUCGUAUAUUGUAAUCCGUCACUCUGCAUCGGAAUGGCUUUCGGACGGAUUUUCUCAUCAUCUUUUUCGUCGGAUGGUUAAAAGCAAAACUUGGGAGUCCUUUAUAGCUGACAGCAUGCUUUAUGCGAAGGGAAUUCUGAUAAUGCUUGCAUCCAUAUUAGAGCGCCGUUUGGCUGUUUGGUAUAUAGUGGUCUUCAUAGUUAUAUUUUUGUUGUUUCAGCAACCACACUAUAGCGGGCAAGGCUACACCAUUUAUUUGACCCCUCUGCAAUUAGAGUCUAUCCUAACUGAAGGGAGCAACUCAGAGUUAUGGCUGGUGGAAUUUCGAGCUUUGUGGUCAUCCCGUUGUGUUCAAGCAAGUCGAGUUCUAUCAGAUCUUUCCCUGAUGUACUCGUCAAAGAAUCUUUCAUUUGGGCUGGUGGAUUUGGGUCGCUUCCCUAAUGCUGGUUCCAAGUUUGGAAUUACACUGGGCGCUAACAUGGGGCAACUUCCAACUUAUAUUUUAUUUGAGAAUGGUGCCGAAGUAUCUCGUAUUCCAGAGAUGGAUUUAGAGGGAAAAGUCAAGACUCCAACAAUUACCAAGCGUCUCCUUGCCCAACAUUUUGAGCUCGAUCGACGUCUUAUUGAGUUCUUGUCAAACAGAUCUUCACAUGCAAAUAUCAAAGCAACAAAACCUUCAUGAGGCAUUUUGCGAAAAUCAAUUGGUUAUCUGUGUUAGGUUUGAGAAUGUGAUUGUGAUCAAAGUUGUUUGACAUAUUUUUAUGGCAGUGAAUUUUAUCAUCUUCAGUCAUACUACUUGUAACAUGCGAGUGUACCUCAUGUAACGUUUGGAAGGAAGAGAAUUAUAUUAAUGUUGAACAGCCAGUGAAUCUCUCCAUCUUGACAAGUUGGAAAUAUAAAUAUUCUAGGAGAAACAGAAUUCACUGUGAAAACUUGUGAAUUAUGGUGAAUACAAAUUAUUAAUAAUGUCAUGGUCAUUAUAUACAGAAGUUUGUGACGAGUCGGCAAAUAAGAAAAAGAUAUUCCUUAAAUAUUUCCAUUCAAGAGGAUUGUUUUUUUUA